UUAUUAAUCCUUUCACAAAUAGUGGGGGCAAACUGCAGCCAGGCCACACAAACCCCGGCAACAAGUGGUGUCUAAGGAAGCCAACCAUCAGUACCUCGCUGCUGCUACCCACCUCCUCCCCCCUCACUAAACUCUCAGCGCCCAGCCCCGUAUCCAGGAGAACCACCUCUCCCACUCUCUUCUGAGCUUCCUCUGGCCCUCCUCCAGGACUCCCAGCAUGCCCCUGCCUUGCCUACACCUGCAGCCAGCGGUGCACAGCUGCACUCAGGGCUUCCCCGCAAGACACGGGUCCGGACGGACAGACGGCACCAAGCCUCCAUCCUCUGCCACUGCUGGACACAGCUCCUCUCAGACCACAUGGCCACUUCUGGAAAAGUUAUCCGAUGCAGAGCUGCAGUUGCCUGGGCAGCGGGCAAAUCACUCUCUGUUGAGGAGAUAGAGGUUGCACCUCCAAAGGCACGUGAAGUGCGUGUCAAGAUCGUGGCCUCAGGGAUCUGUCACACAGACGAACAUGUUCUAGGAGGUACCUUUCCUGUUGUAGAAUUUCCAGUCAUCCCAGGCCACGAAGGAGCUGGGAUAGUGGAGAGCACUGGAGAAAGGAGUGACCUCUGUGAAACCAGAGAUAAAGUCAUCCUCUUUGGAAUUCCUCAGUGUGGAGAAUGCAUCUUCUGCAAGAAUCCCGACUCCAACUACUGCCUGAAAUCACACCUCACUGAACCACAAAACCUGCUACCUGACAAGACCAGCAGGUUCACGCAAAGGGAAACAGAUCCACACUACCUCUGGAACAGCACCUUUGCAGAAUACACUGUUGUGCCUGAGUUCACCCUGGCCAAGAUAGAUGCUGCUGCACCUCUGGACAAAGUCUGUGUGCUUGCCUGUGGUUUUCCCACAGGAUACGGGGCUGCCAUCAACACCGCCAAGGUAAAACCCGGCUCCACCUGUGCAGUCUUUGGCCUUGGAGGAGUUGGCCUUUUUGUCAUGGCUGCAGCAGCUGGCUAGGCGUCGCGCAUCAUUGCCAUCGAUAUCAACAAGGACAAGUUUGCCAAGGCCAAAGAGAUGGGAGCCACCGAGUGCAUCAACCCUAAAGACUUCAAGAAGCCCAUCCAGCAGGUGCUCACUGAGAUGACCGGUCAUGGUGUGGACUACUCCUUUGAGGUUGUUGGGACCACAGAUACCCUGAUUGCUGCCCUGGCCUCUUGCAAUAUGAACACUGGCGUCUGUGUGUUGGUUGGAGUAACCCCUGCUGGUUCAACAGCUCCCAUUGAUCCUUUCCUUCUACUCAGUGGGCGCACUUGUAAAGGUUCUCUGAUUGGAGGAUGGAAAAUGAGAGACUCCGUCCCCAAAUUAGUUGCCAGCUACUUGGAGAAGAAAUUUAACUCCGACUUGCUGAUCACACACACGCUGCCGUUUGCUCAAAUCAACGAGGGAUUUGAAUUGCUCCGUGCAGGCAAAAGCAUCCGCACUGUGCUGCUCUUCUGAAGGACGCGAUCAGGGCAGCAUGAAUGCAGCACACACAGUCCAGCAGAUGCCCCCCUGUGUGGGCCUUCCCUCCCCCAUUGCCUUUCAUGGAGUGUACAGACAGAAGCACAAGGAUCCUGUCAGCUGUGCUGCUUCUGCCAGCGCUCCUGCGCCCAUCCUCUCCUGAGAAAACAGUUCUAUAAAUAAAGGCUGUCUUACAAACUCUU